ACCGUGCAUUCUGCUUCUUGUAUCUAAAGCUCAGUACUAUACCGGAUGUGGCGGAUUGCUUGUAAAAGCUCUCGAUGGAACAUUUGCGGCGUGCGAUAGAUAGUGUUGGUAGGCAUGAGCAGGCUGUCGCAGUUGGUCUCGGGCCUCAUGGGCUUGACCAACUCAUCCUUGAUGAAGCCAAUCAGCCCACCAUUUCAAACUCGGGCGACGUGAUCUUGUCCGCUCGAUGUCCGGACGAUGCCCUGGGUGCACUUCUGCUCAAGUUGGUCACGGACAGCUGCGCCGCGCUGGGUGAUGGCUCCAAGCGGCUGCUGCUGAUGGUGCUGGCGGGGCUGCGACAGUUCCUGCGCAGUGGUUUGCACCCGCACGCCUUCCAAGCCGCCCUAGCAGCGCAGGUGUUGCAGUGUGUGGUGCCCGCGGCGGUGCUGCAUGUGCCGCUGGCGCCGGGGCACGAGGGGGCGGCGGCGGAGGCCCUCCAUGCGCUCAUCAGCACCCACUUGGGUGGCAAGCUGGGCGGCCCCGCGGCCUCCGCACACCUGGCCGCAUGUCUCAAGGAUCUGGUGCUCAUGCAGCUGGCGGCGGCCUCGCGAGCUGGCUUGAGCGCUGCAGAGGCGCUCUCCUCCCUCGCCUCCCAGCCGCCCCUCUUCCGCCUGCCCAGCAGCUGCCCACACCUCUCCCGCCUGCUACCCGGGGUGCUGCUGGGGGAGGGGCCGCUGAGCGGGGGCAUGGCGGCGGGGGCGGCCAGCGAGCUACGCAGCCCCAUCUUCCUGGCGCUGAGUUGCCCUCUGGACGGUGAGCCGCUCAGCUGCGUCAGCACCGCCCCCACCCUGCUGCUGCCGGGCGGUGGCAGCAGCGGCAACUGCAAGGACAGCAACAGGGACAGCAGCCGCCAUGACACCCAUGAUACCCCCCCCACCACCAACAACAACCACAACAAGGGCAGCAGCGGCCGUGACAACCAUGACACCCCCACCACCACACAUGGUGGCUGCGGUGGCGGCGGAGGGCUCGCGGCGCUGCAAGCGGCCCAGUUGGAGUUGCUGCGGCAGCGGGUGGAGCUGCUGGCGGAGCGGGGGGUGACGUUGCUGCUGCUGGCAGGAAGGCCCCCAGCUGGUGCCGUACAGCUCUGUCAGCAGUACGGCAUCUGCCUCGUGGCGGGAUUGGACGAGCAAGACCUGGCCCGAGCAUGCGCCGCCUCCGCCGCCUCCACCUCAGCAGCAGGGGGCGGCGGUACGGCACCCCUCACGCGUGCGGGUUUGGCGGCGCUGCGUACGGCACCCCUGGGGAGGGCGGUGGCGGCGCGGGUGGUGGGGAUGGGGCCGCGGCGAGGUUUGCUGCUGGAGUUUGAUCAGGAGGCGGCGAUGGGGCAGGCUGCAUGCACACUAUUGCUCUGUGGUACGACAGAGGUGGCCGUACGACAGGCCGCUCGUGCCGUACAGCGCUGCCUGAUCUCCCUCGCCGCCGCCGUGGGCAGCAUGGCUCGCCCUCGCCCUCGGCCCCAUCCCCAUCCUCGUUCUGGCCAUCCUCGUCUGCAGCCACAGCCGCAACAACAGGAGGGGGAUGAAGAGGAGGAAGCGGGAGAUGAACAGCAGGAGGAGGAAGAGGAGGUGGAGUGUUUGGUGUUUGUGGCGGGCGGGGGCGGCUUCGAGGGGUUGCUGGAGGGACAGUUGAGGGAGCUGGAGGGGGUGGCACUGCGGGGCCGGCCUGCGAGGGGUGAAGGUGGUGAGGAGGAGCCAAGGGGGCAGGAGGAGGAGGAGGAGGAGGAUGUCGGGAGGGCCGCGGCGGCGGAGGCGGCAGCGGUCAGUCAGUUGGUCGGCUCCCUGCGGGUGCUACACGCAAUGGCGGCCGCUGUGCCCGUAGCACUGACGGGAGCCACUCCGGCGGCAGCAGCGCCGGUGACGACAGCAACUACAACAACGGUGGCGGCGGUGACGACAGUGGCAGCAGCAGCAUGCGGCGGUGAUGGUGGAGGUGGCGGUGGUGAUGGUGGAGGUGGCAGCAGGGGAGCUGGCGGUCUGUCGGGUGCUUCGUUGGCUGCCGUGCGGCGAGGUCAGCGAGAGGCGCUGCUGCAGGUUCACGCGCUCCGUCAAGCCCAGCUACACGCUCUGAGCCGCGGGCAGGUAUCCCGAGCGGGUCUGGUGGUUCCCUCCGCAGCGCUUUCAUCCGCCGGGCACCAGGGCAGGGGCAACCCCAUGCGCCACCUGCGCAGCGGGGAGGAUGCAGCUGCAGCUGCUGGUGAUACCGCUGCUGCAGGUGUUGCUGCAGGUGGUGUUGCUGCUGCCGCAGGUGUGCUUCCGAGCACUGCUACUGGUACUGCUGCUGGCACCGCUCCUGCUGCUGCUGCUGCUGCUGCUGGAGGUUGCAAUAGCAAUAGCAGCAGCAGCAGGUGUAGCAGCAGCAGUAGCUUCGCGGUGUGUGAUGCGGUGUCGUGCGGAGUGGUGGAGGCAGCUGCGGUCGUGAGCAGUCUGUGGAGCGCCGCGGUGGAGGUGCUGGGGCAGGUUCUGCGGAUAGACGGCGCAGCACUGUCCGCCACACGACGACCCACGGGUCGCCAGCAGCUGCAGGGAGGGCUGGCAGCUGCUGGGGGGCUGCAGCUGGCUGGGCCCGCGCCUGUGGCGGUGCCUCGGGUGCGACGAGGGGGAGGCGGCCGCGGAGGGAAGCGGCAGCGGCAGGGGCGGCAGGCGGUGGGGGCUGGCGGUGGUUUGUCGACAUCGGAUGGUAGCGAUGGAGAGGAGGAUGAAGGUGACGGGAGUGGGGAUAGUGACUGGUAAUAGUUUGUUUGUUGGUUGGUUGGUUGGUGGAUCCUGCAGGAGGAUCUGCGACAAGCAGUGCCGGGUUUGCGGUUGGGUUCUGUGACCUGAGGAGCACAUGACAGCGAUGCUCAACGAGUAGCUGCCGUGUAGCUGUUGUGUGCAUCAUUCGUCAGGGUGUGAAGUGUGUGUUGCAUUGCUCAAAGAGCAUGGGAGACCGGCACAACGUCUAUAACUGUGUAACUCUGUAGUGUUA